AUGAAAGAUUUGGGAGAGUUGAAGUACUUUCUAAGAAUAGAGUUUGCCAAAUCUGCAGAUGGGAUUCUUAUGCAUCGGAGAAAGUAUGCUUUAGAGAUUAUCUAUGAACUUGGCCUUGGAGCAGCAAAGCUUGUAGGUACUCCACUAGAAGUAAAUGCAAAAUUUACUACCAGGGAGUAUGAUGAUCACCUGGGUACUUCAAGCAAUGCUGUAGAUGAGCUACUGCAAAAUCUAGGAAUCUAUCGAAGAUUAAUAGGCAAGUUGUUAUAUUUGACUGUGACAAGGCUUGACUUGGCAUUCAGUGUGCAAAUGCUAAGUCAGUUUCUCCAGCAACCAAAGAGAUCACAUAUGGAGGCAGCAAUAAGGAUUGUUAAAUAUUUCAAAAACCAUCCUGGGCAGGGUAAUAUUGAUGUACAGCAAAAAUACAGGCACAUUGGAGGCAUUCUGUGA